GCAGCACAUGCCAAAUUCACCGAAGCCAUCGCUCUCGAUGGACAGAACGCGAUCUUGAGAGCGAACCGCGCCGCAUGCGGUAUGAAGCUGAGACGGUACCAUGACGCUCUGAAAGACGCCCGGAAAGCGACAGAUCUUGACCCGAGAUAUGCCAAGGCUUGGGCUCGUUUAGCAACUGCUCAAGAGCGGCUGCAAUAUCCCAGUAUCGGCUCUUGGGAACGCGCUUUGGCUUGUCUGCCAACCCAAGGUCUAUCUCUCGUGGAGCGGAAACAGAAGGAGCAAUACACGGCCGGAUUGAGGGCUGCGGAGGCGUAUGCGAAAGCAAAGCUCGAGCCGAUCAGGGCCGGGCCUUUGCAGUUUGGCGCGAUGCCGUGGGACCGGGCGGCGGAGCUGAAGGUCGAGCUACAAAAGAGGGCUGAAAACGGUGACGCGAGCGCGAAUCGUAGCAGUGCCUGGGUGAUAUGCGGUGCCUAUCGGGAUUUUGAGGACGGCAUGACGUGUAUGCGAAGCAUCAAGAGUGUUCUUGUUCCGGGAACUCAACAGUUCGCUGUGAGCGGUCCCGUUAGGGGGUUGGAGUUCUUGUCAAAUGCCGUGCUACGGGACAGCCGAGUCUUUCACUUCAAGCUUGGAGACAGAAAAUUCGACGAGAUGUACAACGAUCAGGAUGCGCUCGUUACUGCACUUUUCCGUAGUUGGCAAAGGCAGAGUGCCGAACAGGUCAUCGAAUCGGCCCAAAAGCGCCUGAAGAAUGAGGGCUGGACACCUACCCGGACUGCUCUGUCCGCCACCGUCCGCUCGUGGAUCCUCCGUGGAUACAUCACGGGAUGUGCGAACACCGAUACCAAAGCGUCAGCGUAUUGGUAUGGCGAGGCUCUCCACGUUCUGGAAUGGGGACAGCAAACGUGGAAGAAAGAACAGAAAGCCGUUCGGGGAGCGAUUUUCGAACAUACGUUUGUGCGCGGUGUCCGAGGUCUACACCUGGACGCAUACAUGCAGUCGUGUGCAUGGGAUGCAACGGACGACCCGGAAUACAGUUGGGAGAGGGUGUUGGAAGAAGCACAAGAACAACUGCGCGAUAUCCGGGGGCACCCUAUCGUCGAUCCGGACGAUCCUGGAUUCUCGAGUUCCUUCUGUGACUAUCCUCGGGGUCAGGCAUUCGCGGCGAUUGGCCUCUACUUCAAGCAUCUCGCCCGAUUUGGCCCAGAUAAAGAUCAAGCGACAGUGAACAAGCAUCUCGACGAGAGUGCGUCCAUGUACCUCGCUGCCGCUCAUGCUUUCCCGGCGGAUGACGAACAUCACGCUUGGUUCUUGUACUGCGGGGUGGAGAUUAUGUUCGAGGCUGGAAGGCCCCUUUCUCGGACGCUUCCUAUUAUCUCCGACAUUCGGGAGGUCAUGCCCAAGUACAAACCCAUAUGGGAGAAUUCGCUGAUGGGUCGCAAGGGCAUGGAACAAAAGCUACAAAUGUAUAUCGACUUCGCGUCUACCACCCAAAAGUCUGUGGAUGAAGGCACCCACAUAUUGGAGUCCGUAGUUUGGCCUGACUGGUUUCUCAGCGGAUGAGAUGCCAGAACCUUGCAACUGC